AUGAGGCUUUCUUCUAAUAUUUUCCAAAUUUUCUUGAAGGAGGAGAAUGAGAUUCACAAAGUUCUGUUUCAAGGCCCAUGGUGUUUCGAUAACUUUUUGAUUAUUACUCAAAGAUGGUCUAAAGGCAAUGGUAUCAACUCGGUUUCAUUUGAUUAUGCCCAAUUUUGGAUUCAUGUAAAUGGUCUUCCUCGCGAAUGUAUCACUAAGGAGAUGGCAAUCAAAGUUGUUGGUAGUUUCAAGGAGUGGGAGGUCGUGGAAAUCCGAGAGGAGCUUGGAAAUGGGGGCAGAUUUAUGAGGUUAAGGGUUGGUGUGAAUAUCACGAUUCCUCUUUGCCAAGGAAUUAAACUCCAGGAUAGGUCUUUGCCUCCUAAGCUCAACAUUGGGGCAGUUAGGGAUUUGAAGCUGGCUAGCAAGGGAAAAGGGAAAGAAAAGUGGUCUCGUAAGGCCAAAUCUCCUAUUCCAAAUGCAAAUUGGGAAAUCCAAGAGGUCAAGGUGGGUGACAAGAGACGGGGAGAUGACUCAAGGUGUUAA